AUGACGAUAUCGCUGUUCGGCGAACUCCAGUCCACACAAUACCCGUCCUAUAACUCAAAGGUGUCCUACUAUUGGGUUUAUAAGCCGUACCAAAACAUGAAGACCGACGUCAGUGUGGAGUGGGGUCCGGAGCUGAAGGACAAGAUCCGUGUGAACGCUGUGUCUAAAAUGGACAUCAUUGAGUUGAGGCCACUGCAGAUGGUUCAGGAGCACCAAUACGUGGUGGAGAUCACACCACUCGACAUCAAUUACGAUCUCAAGAUCAAUACGAAUAUAGCGAUGAUUAAGUCUCGGCCGCGACUGCUUAACUUCAAACUCAUACUGAACGCUUCACUCGCCUAUCCGGGCAACGAAGUGACCUACUAUUCCGACAUUAAACAGAUACUGAACGCUUCACUCGCCUAUCCGGGCAACGAAGUGACCUACUAUUCCGACAUUAAACAGGUGAAGGAUCUGUCCUAUUCUGGCAAGAUCAUCUACUCGCCAUCCAAAGGCAAACUCAUCACCAUUGAGCACAAGGAAAGUAUUACAAACCCAACACAAGCCAUUUUCGUGAAAUCCGAGGCCAAGAUCCCGUACUCGUGGAAAGCGGACAUCAAAGCGGUGACACUGAAGUCUGGCUGGUCAAAGCCCGAUGUCUUCAAAUACCGGUGCGUUUUGCUCGUCAACGACAAACAGAUGAAUCACGUAAACGUCCAGUACAAUAAGGCUACGGGUGCUCUCCAGGCUCAGGCCACGUACGAGUGCUGGACCGGGCGCUGGACUUGAAGGUAGACAACGUGAUAAACCCGAAAUCAGCCAAUUAUGGUUUCCGUUUGGGUCAGAAGUCAUACAAAUUCAGCGUUAAUCGAGUGCCUUAAGAGUCCAUUUUUCAAACUCGUCUAAGCAGAGAAUUCCCAAUGGACAGAGUUUAAUGUGCGAGUAUCGCGUAAAAAGAAGUCGAGCAUAAAUAUUCUUCGGGCCAAUGGCGGGGCACUCAACGCGUGGAUCGAUCCGUACGGCUUGAAAGAGAAACGUGCUCAGUUGGAUUUUUAAUAACCCAAGUAGAAUUUGGACCACACCGGCAACAUUGUCUACAAUAAAGUGGACUGCAAAUACACGUGGUACUCAAAGACCGGCACAAC